CAGGCUGCAUCUGCUCAGCCCCAGUCACAAGCUCCCCGCUUCGCCCGUGUGUGUGUGCGAGUGCAUGCGUGCGUGUGUGCGGUGUGUGUGUGCACGCGCGCUAGACACAGGCAUCCGCUCCCAGCAUCUCGCCGUCUCCUGCAUCCUUCAACAGCGAGCGCGCUGCUCUGGCUCCCCGGGUACCAGCCUCGCCUCUCCAUCGCCCUGAGGGGGUUCGGACGUGGGGCGCCCAGCGCGGCCAGGGAUGCGGUGAGCGCGGGUGAAGAGGAGGUGGCGGGAGCCGCGGCUGCGAUGGGCAGCGUGGAGGUGGCUCUCUAGGGCACGCGCACUCCCGAGCUGGACCCUGACCCUGAGCCAUGGGGGUGCUUAUGUCAAGGCGGCAGACGGUGGAGAAGGUGCAGAAGGUCAGCUUGGCAGUGUCAGCCUUUAAAGACGGGCUGAAAGAUCAGCCAUCAACGCGGCGGCGGGCAGAGGCCGAGGGUUCGCGCCGGGGGACGCUGGAGCAGACAGUGCAAGAGGGAGAGGACGAGGCACCUGCAGGCCCCUCCCAGCCAGAGGAGAGCAGCACCAGCAAGGCAGCAUGGGAACGGCUGCGGGACGGCCGGGGAGUGGAGCCAGAGGAGUUUGACCGGGCCAACAGGUUCACACCACCUGCCUUCAUCCGGCCCACACGGGAGCUGCACGAUGAUGAGCCACCGGACAUCAGCCUGGAGCAACGGGAGCAGGUCCUCAAUGAUGAGAUGUGUGAGAUCUGUGAGGUGUGGACAGCCGAGAGCCUCUUCCCCUGCCGCAUCUGCAGCCGGGUAUACCACGAUGGCUGCCUGCGCCGCAUGGGCUACCUGCAGAACGACAGCGCCGUGGAGGUGACAGAGACCGCGCACACUGAGACAGGCUGGAGCUGCAACUACUGUGACAACCUCAAUCUCCUGCUGACAGAGGAAGAGAUGUACAGCCUGAUGGAGACCUUGCAGCAGUGCAAGAUCAUUCCAGACACCUGCCUGACUCUGGACGACUUCCUGCACUACAAGCACCUGGUGCAUAAGCAGCAGUUCGAGAGGCCCAUGGGAGAGGCCCAGGAGGAGCGGGCUGCCCUGCAGUUCUCUGCCCUGGACCCCGACAAGAAGGGGCACAUCGAGUGGCCGGACUUCCUCUCCCACGAGUCCAUCCAGCUGCUGCAGAAACUCCGGCCACAGAACUCCCUGCUGCGGCUGCUGACAGCCAAGGAGCGGGAGCGGGCGCGCAUGGCCUUCCUGGCCCUCGACCAGGACAGCGACGGCUUCAUCGGGGAGAGCGAGUGCCACAAGGCCCAGCAUACCUGGUUCCGGAAGCACCAGAAGGAAACGCCAUCCUGCAACGUCAGCAUCAGCCACGUAGGACCCAUGUCUGAGAGCAGCCCUGCCAGCAGCGGCAGCAGCAAGAGCCAGGAGAAGUCCCUGCUGGCCACGGAGCAGGAGGAGGCCAGGCCCAUCGACUGGCCAACCUUCCUGCGGGAGAACGUCGCCUACAUCCUGGCCGCCCGCCCCAACAGCGCCGCCGUCCACCUGAAGCCGCCGGCGUAGCGCCGCCCCGGUGAGGGCGGCCCCGCGUGCCCCGCCGCCGUGCGCCACCACGGUGCCAUCUUGCCUGGCGGGGCCUCCCCCCACUGCACCCCACCCCGCUCCUUCCCGCUCGCGUCGCCACGGCAACCUGCCCCGUGCCCCCAUUGGCUGGAGGGGAGACCACUCCCUUGCCCCGCCCACCAACCCCACGCCGCGCCCCAACACCUGCCCCAGGGGACGCCGGCUGCCCAUUGGCUGGCGGGGAAGCAGCCGUGACGUCCCCGCCCUCCCUGGCUCGCUUCGGAUUGGCUGAGAGAGGCCUGCAUGGGGUGGGGCCCAGCAGGUGCUGGGCUCUGAUUGGAUGAAGGAGGUCGGGGGGCCAGCCCCAGUGUGUUCUAGUCUCUGAUUGGCUGAUGAAGGCUUGAGUGGGAGCAGCCCCUGAGCAUCCUGGUCUCUGAUUGGCUGGGGGAAAGCAGAGCUGGUUCCUCCUGGGCCCCACUGGUGAGGGGCAAGGAGUGACUCCACGGCCCCAGGACCCGGGGCACAGGGGCUGCCCCAGGCCCUGCCAUGGGGCCAGCCCUGGUGUGUGGGGCGGGGGAUACCCUGGGAUCCCCCCAGACCCUGCUGUGGGGCUGGCCUCAGUGUGUGGGGCAAGGGACGCCCCAGGGUGCUCCCAAGUCCUGCCAUGGGGCCGGCCUUGGUGUGUGGGGCAGGGGAUGUUCGGGGUGCCCCCAGACCCUGUUGUGGGGCCGGCCCUGGUGUGUGGGGCAGGGGACGCUCUGGGGUACCCCCAGACCCCGCUGUGGGGCCAGCCCCUGGUUUCCACAGACCAUCCUGCAGCAUUGGUACUGGAAUCAGGAGCUGGUUCCCGGCAGGAUUUGUGCCCCGGGACAGAGGGUUCUGCACCCAGGGAGAAGUGGGGUGCCAUGGGUGCAGGCGGGAGCUGGGGAGGAAGCAGAGUGUGGGGUGGCGCUGUGGGGAGACCUGAGCCAGCCUCCCACGUCACUGCGGGGCAGCAAAGCAUGCUUCCCGCCCAAGUGCCCGCGCCCCACGGCAGCGACGCCCCGAGGCCCAAAGCCAGCACUGGCUCAGCCCCAUCAGAAAUGGAAGCCCGGGCACGGGGAGAAGUGAGGGCAGCUCCGUGCUCAGCCAGCGCACGGAGGAUGGGCACUGCUGGAGACCUUGCUGCGUGCGUGCCAGGGGUUUGGAUGCCUGGGCAGCAUGGCUGCAAGUGGCUGUCCCCAUCCCCUCUGACCUGUGGCCCCGCGGCGCUCUCAGCCUCUCUCUGCUCAGCACCCUGGGGUGCCCGGGGCUCGCAGAGACGGGGUGCCAUAUCAGGAGAUGCUCCGCUGCUGAACGCCCCAUGGUGCCUGCCCCCACCACCCCGGCCAUGUUUCGCACCGGGCUUGCGGCCUCGCGCGGUGCUGGGCCAGGGGGACGUUUCAGACAGUGGGUCUGAGACAGCUGGCUGGAGCAGUGGCCGGAGCGAAGAUGCGGCGGGGGCCGUGUGCGUCGUAACGUCAGCCCUGUACUGAGAAGCGUCCAUUAAACAGCAGUGUC